CUCACCGUUCCCGCCCAUCAACAGUUUCCCUUUUCGGUCACCGCCUUCAAUUCUCCAAAGUGUCCCCUCCACUCACUCCCCUCCCAGCAAAACACAGAGAUCAAGCUCAACUUCACCUCCCCCUACGAGCUUCUUCUCCCUCUCUUCUCCCCAAUUCCCACUCAUCAUCACACCACAGCAAUCAUGUCCCUCCACGUUCCCAUGGCCCAUCGCACCAAGGACCAGGGCGCCACAAAGGCCGUCAUCCUGGUCGGUGGUCCUUCUCGCGGCACUCGUUUCCGUCCUCUAUCUCUCGACGUGCCUAAGCCUCUAUUCGAAGUCGCUGGCCAUCCCAUCAUCUGGCACUGCCUCUCCUCCAUCGCUCGCGUCCCCAACAAGCAGAUCCAGGAGGUCUACAUCAUUGGCUACUACGACGAAUCUGUCUUCCGCGACUUCAUCAAGGACUCCGCCAAGGAGUUCCCCGCCAUCACUAUCAAGUACCUCCGCGAGUAUGAGGCUCUUGGAACCGCUGGCGGUCUCUACCACUUCCGUGAUGCUAUCCUCAAGGGUCGCCCCGAGCGUCUCUUUGUUCUCAACGCCGAUGUUUGCUGUUCGUUCCCUCUUGACGAGAUGCUCAAGCUUUUCAACGAUAAGGAUGCUGAGGCUGUCAUCCUCGGAACACGUGUGAGCGACGAGGCGGCGACAAACUUCGGUUGCAUUGUCUCCGAUUCUCACACCCGCCGUGUUCUGCAUUACGUCGAGAAGCCCGAGUCGCGAAUCAGCAACCUGAUCAACUGUGGUGUCUACCUUUUCUCCACCGAGGCAAUCUUCCCCUCUAUCCGCUCCGCAAUCAAGCGCCGCCUCGACCGGCCCUCUCGUCUCGUCUCCUACCCCUCUUCCGAUAACCUCGAAAACAGCUUCGUCCUUCCCGAUGACGACGAUGACGACGAAGAAAAGAAGAGCGAGGUUAUUCGCCUGGAGCAGGAUAUCCUCUCUGAUAUGGCCGACAACAAGCAGUUCUACGUUUACGAGACCAAGGACUUCUGGCGCCAGAUCAAGACUGCUGGCUCUGCUGUUCCUGCCAACGCUCUCUACCUCCAGAAGGCUGCGCAAUCCGACCACAGCGAAGAGCUUGCCACUCCUAGCGCAAACAUCGUCCCUCCUGUCUUCAUUCACCCUACAGCCGAAGUGCACCCCACUGCUAAGCUCGGCCCCAAUGUAAGCAUUGGCCCCCGUGCUCACAUUGGCGCUGGCGCCCGUGUCAAGGAGAGUAUCGUGCUCGAGGACUGCGAGAUCAAGCACGACGCUUGCGUUCUCUACUCCAUCAUUGGCUGGGGUAGCCGCGUUGGUGCCUGGGCUCGAGUUGAGGGUACCCCUACCCCUGUUGGCAGCCACUCGACCAGCAUCAUCAAGAAUGGUGUCAAGGUCCAGAGCAUUACCAUCCUUGGCAAGGACUGUGGUGUCGGCGAUGAGGUCCGCGUGCAGAACUGUGUCUGCUUGCCCUACAAGGAGUUGAAGAGGGAUGUCACCAACGAAGUCAUUAUGUAAACGAAGCUCGUUUCUACAAUCUAGACUAGUGCAAAAAGCUUGCGUUUGAUCUUCUUUGAAAGAGGCGCCAUAUAUCCUUAAAAGUUGAGGCCAUCAAAGCGUAAUGGAGGGUGUAUAUAGGAGUGAUAUCUGAGGAGCAAAACUGCUUCCCAUCAGGUCACAUCAAGAGGAAUGACUAUUCAGUAAAGCAAGUAAACAGCGAUAAUGGACUUGUAUUCUUGUCCAAGCCUCUCCACUAUAUUUUCAACGUGGAAGUUGUGAUUUCCGGGAAACAACAUUUCCGUCCUCUCUAG